UUGUGGAUAAUUUUUAUAGAGAAAAUACAAUCAUUUUUAAUUAUACUUAUCACACUGAGUUGCAUUUUCACCCUGUCGCAUCCGACAUUGCAUAUUGUUCUGGCUGUGGCGCCUCCGUAUGACAAUGCUUUGAAAACCUGUAAGUCAGUGAUUUUGAUGUUAUAUUUUUUCUCAGGUGAGGAAGUGACAAUUGCAGCUCAAAUUGGGAAGCCAAUACGUCGAAUAGUGAUUCAGUCACUAAACCGGACACUNACUCCUGAAUCAUAUAAUCGACUUGGUUCUCUGAACGGCACUUCCAAGCUGGGACUCAACUUUUCUCGGGAUUGGGAUGACCGCCGCCGAAAAUUGUGGCGUGCAUGGGCUGUGGAUACAUUCUGUACCAUCUUCACAGUCGUUUUAAUUUGUGCCACUGGGAUCAUUUCCCCAUCGGUAACUUCAGCGGUGUAUUUACUAUCUUUCCUUGGCAUAUGUACCUAUUGGGCAUGCCGGAGCAAAGUGAACCCCACACCGUUUGCGUCGUUGAGAAUAUUUCUUGCAAUCUACAGCGGCCUUCACAUUUGCCUAUAUUACUUGUAUCAAUUCCCUUUCUUUCAAACAUUCUCUGGAUGGAUUUCGACAAGUGACGAACGAUUAGCCUAUUUAAUAAAUUUUCAUCCUAGUAUUCAGCUUGUAGGGAAAUAUCUUCAAUUCAAUGGGUUUUUUAACUGGUGCAUAGUUCGUGCUUGUCAGUCUGAAUUUUCUCGGAUGUAA